AUGAGGAUACGAGCAGAUGUUUUCACAGCUGUAGCUGAAUUUGAAUACGUGAUUAAAGCUCAUAAGACGAUUACAGAUUACUUAAAAACAUAUAUUAAAAGGUAUGAAAAAAGACUUGUUGUCAUAAAGAGUCAUUUGGAUGUGUUUACAAGGGAACACGAAAAAGCAAUGGAAGAUAUUCCCAAGUACUUGGAGAACCCUGUUAACAUUUUCACCCUUAUCAAACGACUGACUGCAGAUUUAAAUUUUAUUAAAUACAGCGUUGAGGACGAAACUGCCUACAUAGAAGAUAUAACAAAUAAGCAAUAUGCUAACAAAUACCCUACGAUGGAGGAUGUAGCAGGUGCUGCAGAGGCACUUGUAAGAUUGCAAUAUGUCUACAAUCUGGAAGCCAAAGAGCUUGCAGAAGGAAAACUGUACGAUAUUGAUUACAGUACGCCAAUGACAGCGUGUGACUGCUACGAGAUUGGUCGAAUCUUAUACCGUAACAAUGAAAUUUUCGACGGACUUGAAUGGAUGAUUGAAGCUUAUCGCAAGUAUAGCAUUGAAGAAACACAUUACGAGUUCUCGGAUAUAGAUAUAUUAGAAAAUAUUAGUUUCGGAUAUUCUAAAACAGGAGAUAUGGAAAGUACCUUAUAUUGGAUCCAGAAAGUAUAUGAUAUAGAUCCACAUAAUUCUAGAGCUAAGCAAAUAGAGCAGCAGUAUCAAAAUAAUAUGAAAUAUUCAAGAUAUAGCAUAUGGCAAUCCAAUUUGGAAACGGAAAAGAAACAAUUGAAGGAGUCGAAUAAUAUUGUGUACUAUUCGCUGUGUCGCGGAGAUGUAGAAUUACCGAUCGAAAUAUCUAGCAGAUUAACUUGUCGUUAUCAGACUGAAAAUCAUCCAUUUACGAAAUUAGCUCCUAUAAAGACAGAGAUGCUUCACCUUAAUCCCGACAUAGUUUUGUUCCACGACAUGUUAAGUGACGGUGAAAUUGAUACCGUCGUGGAAAUUGCUAAGACGAAGCAUGUAAUCAAUAAACUUCCUUCAGGCUUCCUUCAGUAUCUCAAAACACCGAAACCAUAA